AGUGUUACUAAACAAGUUUACAACAGCACAGAUAUCCUCUUGGUCAUGUUAUACCUAUAACACUAGCGCACUAGAGUCACAGCAUUUGAACGAGUUGACAUUAUCCUCUAUCUCCUCCUUUUGGUAAAUUCGUAUACUUGUUGGUGUAUUAUUAUGAGAAACUUUGCACUUCACCACUCCCUAAUUAGGCGACGAAAUUCUCACAAAACCCUCAACGCAUCCACGUUAGCAGCAUUACCAGUACCUCCUCCCCCUCAUACCUUUCCAAUUCGAACCAAAAGGCGCGCUUUACUCGACCUCUUACAACCACGCGACCACUCCGACAAACCCAUUUUCUACUACAACGCCAUUCAUGCCCAGAUUCUCCUCUCCGGCUUUCGAGACGAUGUUUUUCUGGCUAAUCUUCUCUUGCACUCCUAUGCCAAAUCUUGCUCUUUUAUUUACGCGCGGAAACUGUUUGAUAAAAUGCCUGAAAGGAACUCGGUUACUUGGUCUUCCAUGGUUUCUAUGUAUACCAAGCAUGGUAAUUAUGAACAUGCAUUGCUUAUGUUUUCGGACUUCUGCAGGAAUCCCGAUGGGCACCCGAAUGAGUAUACGUUGGCCAGUGUUAUCCGCGCUUGUGCGCAGUUGGGAGGGUUUGAUCAAGGUGCCCAAGUGCAUGGUUUUGUUGUCAAGACUGGUUUUUAUCAGGAUGUUUAUGUGGCUACUUCUUUAGUCGAUUUUUACGUCAAAAAUGGCGAUAUAGAUGAAGCUGACCUGAUUUUUGAGGGUUUGAAAGUGAAAAGUGCAGUUACUUGGACCAUAAUGAUAGCAGGGUAUGCAAAAUGUGGAAAAAGUGAAGUGUCUUUGAAAUUGUUUAACCAAAUGAGAGACACCGAUGUUCUUCCUGACAAAUAUGUUCUGUCUAGUGUUCUGACUGCAUGUUCUGCGCUCAAAUUCAUUGGAGGCGGCAGGCAAAUCCAUGCUUAUGUGCUUAGAAGGGGAGCCGUAAUGGACGUUUCAGUGGUUAAUGUGCUUGUAGAUUUCUAUACCAAGUGCGGUGAAGUGGAGGCAGCAAAGAAGUUAUUCGAUAUGAUUGUAGUCAAGGACCUCAUUUCGUGGACCACGAUGAUAGCCGGGUACAUGCAGAAUUCAUUUGAGCGGGAGGCUGUUAAGUUAUUUUCUGAAAUGGCCAGAUUGGGUUGGAAGCCGGAUGGAUUUGCAUGCAGUAGCAUUCUUACUUCGUGUGGUUCACUUGACGCUCUUAAUCAGGGGAGAGAAGUCCAUGCGUAUGCUAUUAGAGUCAAUCUUGUUUAUGAAGCUUAUGUGAAGAAUAGUUUGAUUGAUAUGUAUGCAAAAUGUGAUUCCCUUACUUAUGCAAGAAGAGUAUUUGAUUCAAUGACUGAUCAUAAUGUGGUGUCUUACAAUACGAUGAUCGAAGGAUACUCAAGACAGGAUAAGCUGUCUGAAGCGCUGCAUCUUUUCAAUGAGCUGAGACUUAGAUCGUUCCAGCCGAGUCUCUUGACGUUCGUCAGCCUUCUUGGUAUCUCAGCUGCUUUAUUCACGUUGCAGUUGAGCAAGCAAAUCCAUGGUUUGAUCACCAAAUAUGGGUACUGUUUGGAUGUAUUUUCUGGCAGUGGUCUGAUAGAUGUUUAUUCGAAGUGCUCAGUUAUUAAAGAUGCCAGACUUGUAUUCGAUGAGAUGUAUGAGAAAGACAUUGUAGUGUGGAAUGCAAUGUUUUGCGGAUACGCGCAACAGAUGGAAAGUGAAGAGGCUCUUAGACUGUACACAGAAUUACAAUUAUCGAGACAAAAUCCUAAUGAAUUUACUUUUGCAGCCCUAAUCUCAGCAGCCAGUAACCUGGCAAGUAUGCAGCAAGGCCAACAGUUCCAUAACCAGCUCAUUAAGAUGGGUCUUGACAGUGAUCCGUUCAUCACAAAUGCCCUUGUGGAUAUGUAUUCCAAGUGUGGAAGCAUUGAAGAGGCUUGCAAAAUUUUUAAUUCAAAAGUUUGGAGUGACGUUGCCUGUUGGAAUUCCAUAAUAUCAACAUAUGCUCAACAUGGAGAAGCAGAAGAAGCCCUUCUGAUGUUUGCAAGAAUGAUGAAGGAGGGAAUAAAACCCAACUAUAUCACAUUUGUGGGUGUGUUAUCAGCUUGUAGCCAUGCAGGCCUUGUGGAAGAUGGACUUCGCCACUUUGAAUCAAUGCCUCAGUUUGGGAUUGAUCCAGGGACUGAACAUUAUGCUUGCAUAGUGACUCUCCUCGGUCGUGCUGGUAAAUUAUUUGAAGCUAAGGAAUUCAUUGAGAAAAUGCCGGUAAAACCAGCAGCAAUUGUAUGGAGGAGCUUGCUCAGCGCGUGCACUGCUGCCGGUAAUGUUGAAUUGGGAACAUAUGCAGCAGAGAUGGCAAUUUGGAAUGAUCCAGUGGAUAGUGGAUCAUAUAUCUUACUUUCAAAUAUUUAUGCAUCCAGAGGAAUGUGGGCUGAUGUCAAGGUGGUGAGGGAAAAAAUGGACAAUGAUGGGGUGGUGAAAGAAACCGGCUGUAGUUGGGUUGAAGUGAAUAAUGAUGUUCAUACAUUUGCUGCAAGAGAUAGAACACAUCGUGAGGCAGAUCUAAUUUUUUCAAUUCUAGACAAUUUGAUUCUGCAGAUUAAAGGUGUUGGUUAUGUGCCUGAUAUUACGACACUUGUGAUGAAUGACUGAGAUGAAACAUGGUGUGGUAAUGCUCAGUGAAAGGGACGUUAUGAGCUCUUGAUAAACCAUGAAAUGAAAAUUUGCCCUGUGCAUCUUUUUGAAGUGAAGCUUGAGCUUGAUGAGAGCAAAUCUUGGGCUCCUUCAGAUUGGCUAGUUUAUCAGAAUGUGAAAAGCAGAAAUUUCCUUGUGAUGCCAUUUUGAUGAAACGGAGCUGUCCUUGGUCAAUUUUUGCAGUGAUUGCAUCUUGCUUUACAGAUGUGUCUCCCAUAUCUUGCAUAACAGACUGGCUGGAAAUUACUGCAACAAGGAAAACUUCGUCCACUAAGGUGAAUGAUUUUGCUUCAAGAAUUGCAGAAAAUGUUAGAGCGGCCAUGGAAGCUACUAAUUCCCUGCAGCAGGAAGUAAAACCCUUUGUUAAUUACAGUAACCAAAAUUCAAAAUGAAGGUGGCUUCUAAAACCCAUCCCAAGAGAUCCCUCAGAUGCUUCAGCUUCUUAUAUUUUGAAUUCUCUUGGGUGUCCAUAAACAUUUGACUCCCAGGGCCUUAUGUCUAAGGGGAAUGCAGAACUUGGUGAAAGUAUGAAUGUUUCAAGUGAUUCUGAGGAAGGGCCUGCUUUGCUGUCCAAGAUGGUUGCAGUUGUUUGCAAGUAACACUUGUUCUGCCUUUGUUUAGGGCAUUUGGAACGUUCCUUCCUUCAUGUUCUCUCUUACCUUUCAUUCGUGCUCGCCAGGUUUGUGGAUGAAAUUAAAACCCAUAAUCCCUUCAUUUGUGAUAAAUUUUAAUUUGAAGAGAGUUCGUCCUUUAAAUAUUCUAUUUCAGAGGAAUCUGAACGUCCUUUGCCUUUUAGGAUGUGUAAUUGCUGGUACUUGAGACUUUACAUUGUCAAAUGCAAUGUGCUGCUCCAACAGCUGCUCGUAUGUGUGGACGGUUCAUAUCUGGCGCAGCUAGAAUUGGCUUAUGGUUUUGCAUUGUUUAUGUUAGAAUUUGUUGGUUUAUAGUUAAGCUGUGUGGUGACAUUUUUUCACGUUCUAAUACUCUUUCUCGUAAUUGUUCAUAGACUAACUAACUAAUUCAUGUGCUAUUACCAAUAGUAAAGGAUUUUUCUCGUCUCUCUUGCCGUCUUUUAUAUGGAGGAGAUUUGUUCAAUAGUAUGCUUCAUUGAUUCGCAAAGUUUUUAACAUUGUUCAAUUGGAUUUCCUGUUGGUUUUGGUAAUGAAUGAAUGGGUAUGCCAACAUAAAUUUCUCCUUUUUUCUCACACCGCAGGUAUUUUCACAACUACGCCUAUCUGAAGCCUCAGCGCAUUCGGGUUCGUUUUCUACCAGCUGGAUCACAAGUCCCGUUUAAUAAGCUGGUCAAGCACAGUAUUGCAGGGAACUUGAUCUGAAGAAUUUUGCUUAUCUGGGAGAUGAGGUUCAAACUUGAGUGAGUGAGAUAACUUCUAACAAAAUGGAGAGAGAUAUUACUGCACAAAUAGUUCGUGCUGAUGGUCAAGAUGACAUCUACUUUCGGUCAUAUAUUCAGAGAGAUGGGCUCACUCCUAACCACACAAAUAUUCUUCCAACUUAACUACCUAUUGCUAUGUGUUGGGUUUUUAUCACAAAAAUCCCGGUGUUGUAGGAGUAGAAUCAUACACAUAUAUUGUAUUUUAUUUUCUCAA